AUGCUGAUCCCGUUAGUGCGUGUUGUGUGUUUAUUUUUAAGCAUCAAGUUCACCUCAUGUGGACUUAACAGCAUCGAUUUAGAAUAUUUGAAAGAUUUAUGGCUGAUGGCAAUAAAAAAAUCAAACGAAAGUUUUCUAAAGCAAAGCUUAUACGAUGAUGAUUACCAACAUUUGAUUGAUGUGUUAUCGGAUUUGAAGAGAUCUCAGAGUCGAUCAAAUGUGUAUGAAGAUAUUCAAACAGCGAUUUUGAAGAAUAGCUACGAGAAAAUAUUUGGAUUUAAGAUUGGCAUGUUCACGAACUUUUGUGGACCUGGCGACAGGGGGCAAAAUAACCAAACUGUUGGUGGAUUCCUUAACGGCGUUGAUGAAUGCUGCAAAUCUCACGACCAUUGUGAUAAUUUAAUCAUGGCACAAUCCGACUACUCUAAAUAUCCAAACCUCCCACCAAAGCAUCUUUAUUUUACUAGCUUAAGUUGUGACUGCGACGCUGAAUUUUACAACUGUGUAAAACGCACAAAAUCAGUCUACGGUGAAAUCAUUUUAGCCAUUUAUAGUGUCGCUCAAAUGAGUUGCUUUCAUUAUGAACACAAGGUGGAAAAAUGUUUAGCAUACGAUAAGUAA